CAACCUCCUGAAUUUCAAAUGCAAAGACCUCAUCUCCUUUGAGAUUUUCAUAACCUUCGAGCUUUCCAGCAAACUUUGGCUUCUGUCUUAGUUUAAUCUGCAGAAAAGUAAAAAAAAAAAAUGCCAAGACCAAGAGUUUCAGAGUUGUCUCAGAGGCAAGCUCCGAAGUUGAGGACAUCGUCAUCUACUUCUGACUUGAGCCACCCCAACCGUCUGAUCAAUACCGAGCGGAGUUCUAAGCUUGGUGGUGUUGACCGUAGAUCUCCCAGAAGCGGUGGGCCUCGCAGUGAUCCUCCUGGUCAGAAGAAACUUGGGGGCCGAAUAUCGGAUUUAGAGUCGCAGUUAGGACAAGCACAAGAGGAACUGAGAUUGCUGAAAGAGCAGUUGGCUGAUACUGAAUCUGUCAAGAAACAAGCACAAGAGGAGCUUCAUCAUAAUGUCAAAUCUAAGAAACCAAACCCUCAUGCUCGAGUUGAGGCACCUGCUUCUGAUGCUGAUACAGUUGAUAGAGACGAGAUCCCCGGAGAUGGCCAGAAAGAGACUGAUGUGUUUGAGGUUCCUGUUGAGAAGAUUGCGGUAAAAGAGGAUCAGAGAAACGGAGACGAAGGAGCUGAGAACUUGGUUGCAAAGGAAGAUGAGAUGAAGAUGUUGAAUGCCAGACUGUAUGAUAUGGAGAAAGAACAUGAAGCACUAGGCAAAGAAAACGAGAGCUUGAAGGGCCAGCUGAGCGAUUCUGCGACAAAGAUGUCUAACUUGAAAGCUAAUGAAGAAGAGAUGGCUGCAAAGGUGAGUCGGAUUGGGGAAGAGUUAGCAGAAAGCAGAGCAAAGACUGCUCAGCUGAAGGAGAAGCUCGAGUCUAUGGAAGAAGCAAGAGACGCUUUAGAGGGUGAGAUGAAGAAGCUUAGAGUUCAAACCGAGCAGUGGAGGAAGGCGGCAGAUGCUGCAGCUGCGGUUCUUUCUGGAGAGUUUGAGAGGGAUCGAUCUGGGUCAGCUGAGAGGUGUUUUGCAGGUGGGUUGUUUGACCCAAAUGCGGUGGUUGGGUUCGUGGAACCGCCCGGAAUGGCUGAUGACUCUGAUGAUGGAUUCGGAAGUGAGAAGAGGAAGAGUUCUGGGAUGAAGAUGUUUGGUGAGUUGUGGAAGAAGAGAGGACAGAAGUGAGUUACAACAGUUCGUGUCUGAGUGUGAUUCAAGAAAAUGGUUUUUGUUGUUUGCUGUAUUUACUUAUGUGGAGACAUUAGUAAGUUUCAUCAGAAGCUAACUAUCAAACCCAAAUCAACUGCAGGUUUUCUGCAAGACAAUUUCAUGAUGAAACUUCUCCAAAUAUGCAUUGUAAUAUCCAAGUUUUCUGAAAAAAAAAUCUCAUUUUAUGAACAGUA